AUGGCUGGUAUAUUCGCUAAGCAAGCCGCAUCACUUCUGCGUCCUUCGCUGCGCAUUUCUCAGGCUAUGCGUGUGAAUGCAUCGCCGUCGAUGAUGCGCUGGCUCUCCAACGAUACACGUGUCAAGAUCCAAAAUGCUGUGAAGGAGGACCCACUCGUGGUAUUCAUGAAAGGCUCGCCAAGCAUGCCCCAAUGCGGAUUCAGCCGUGCCGUGCUCCAGAUCCUGCAGGUGCAGGGCGUGAACACCGACAAGGUCGCUACAUACAACUGCCUCGAAGACCAGGAACUUCGCGAUGGCAUCAAGGAGUUCAGCGACUGGCCCACCAUCCCCCAAGUGUACAUCAAUGGUGAAUUCGUUGGCGGCUGCGACAUUUUGCUGAACCUGCACCAGACUGGCGAACUAGAGACCAUGCUCCGCGAAGCUGGGCUCCUGCUCGAAGCCACAGAGCAUCAGCAAUAA